UAACGUCUGAACUUUUCUUCGACAUGAGAAGAACUGAGGCCUUAUAUCUUGACACACAAUCCACUAUAUUUAAUACUGCUUUUCAAUUAUCGUCAUAUUUAACUGGCACUGAAUGGUUUGAUUUAAAAAUUCUUGGUAAACGAUGGGAACUUCACAAUAUUUUUGCAAAUCAUGGCCAGGCUGGUAUGGGUGCUCUUCGGGGACGUACUAUAGCACAGAUGAAUACUAAUAAUAGCUUUAGAAAUCCUUCAAUUGUCUAUAACUAUGCAAAUACUGCUAGUAAUAAUGUAGUAACCGUAGAUAUUUGUAUUUCAGCUAAUAAGGUUGGUAUAACUGAUAUUCCAAUAAAAAAA